UACCUGAACAGACCUGUCCAGCCAGUCACAUAUCACUUCAGUAGUUUACAACCGAAAGUCACUCAAACAAGCAAAAAGGAUUUCUCUGCAGAGUUUACCUGGGAUUUUUUAAAUCUUGCUCUUAUUUUAUGCAGAAGAAAUUCAGGAGAAAAUCAGUAUGUAUUGGUCUGCCACUGUGCUGUAAAACUACACAUGGGGCAUGCGUUUAUCUAAAACCACUGCACUAAGAGCUAAGCAAAGAGAAAAGAGAGAACACGACCAUCCAGCUAUUAUGUGACAGAUGAUGCUUAUGCUGCUCGGAAGGAGACAUCCUUCAGAGAUAUAUAUGAAAACACAAUGGGAUCAUGGACUGCAAUUCGCUGUCAGUGCUGUGUGAUGCCCACUAUCCAAACACUUGCUGUAAUCAGACUAAGAGAAAGCAUCAAACCCGAGACAAAGAAGUGGCUGAUAUCUGUCCUGGAAUCUCCAACAAACCAUGGGGGUGCACACAUUUUGGUUCAUCCAGGUGAAGAUGAUGAAGAUGAUAUACUUCUACUCUCUGCCACUGAAUGUUUACUGCUGCAGACAACAGAAUGUUUGGGUCUGGCCAAAGCUGACCAUUACAAGUCAAUAACCACAUUUUCCUAUAAGCACAGAAAUAACUUUUUAAACUCAGAAAAAAUAAACAUCUUCCUAACAUUUGCCGAGCAGCAGUUUUUACUGAAGUAUGAAGUGGAAAAUCUAAAAAUACUACAAGAGACCUGCCUCCCAGGAUACCCUGAAUAUCGACUGUAUCCUGGACAGCAUGUUGUUCAUUUUCUGCAAAAGUGGGGGAUUAUUGUCAAAUUCUACCCAGUUCAUGAUAAAGAAAAAUUAAAGCUUUUGCAGAAGAGGUGGUACAAAGAAAUAAGUCUGGCUCCUCAACCUAUUGAUACUGUGCGUGCUUAUUUUGGAGAGCCCAUUGCAUUAUAUUUUAGUUUUCUAGGAUUCUUCACUCUUUCUCUCAUCGCUAUGGUGCUUCUUAGUUAUAUUCCAGCUUUCCUUCAAGACUCAUCAGACAAAUACAUUAUCUUUGCCGUGUUUAAUGUUCUCUGGUCCACUGUCACCUUGGAACUGUGGAAGCGGCAUAGUGCUACAAAAGCUUAUUUCUGGGGCACGCUAAACUUGAAGAAAUAUUUAAAACUUCCUCGAGCUGAGUUCUGGGGCACACUGAUUAAGAACCCCAUAACAGGAAGGCUGGAACCCCACUAUCCACACUGGAAGAGGAAAAUGAGGAUUUUCUUUGUGACAGUACCUUCCGUGUGCAUUUUCUUGGCAAUUGCUAUUGAUGGGAUGGAUAUGUACCUUUACUGGGAAACAUGGAUUAAACAUUGGUACAAACAAAACACCAGCAAAGUGGCAGUAAUAGGACUAUACCUACCUAGUAUUUGCUACACACUUUUCAUGGAAAUUUUAAAUUCUGCAUACAUGAAAGCGGCCACAGCUUUAACAGAAUUUGAAAAUCACAGGCUUGAGUCUUCUUUCCAAAAUCACCUAACCAUAAAGGUACUUGUGUUCCGCUUCAUCAACUGUUUUGGACUCUUACUUUAUAUAACCUUCUGUCUGCAAGAUCUUCAGCUCCUUAGAAAGCGCCUCUCCUCUCUUCUUAUUGUGUCUCAAGUAAUCAACCAAUUUAACGAGUCAUUACUUCCGUACCUGAAACAGAGGCUUAAACUUGACUCUGUUUGGGUAAAAAAGUCCAAAGUAGACACAUAUCCCUUUAUUGAUGAAGUUGUUUCUGAAGGAGACAUGUAUUCUUACCCGGGCUUAUUUGAUGACUAUAUGGAGCUUUUGGUCCAGUUUGGCUAUGUCAGCCUUUUUUCCUCUGUUUAUCCUCUGACCGCUGCCCUGCUGAUUUUAAAUAAUAUCACUGAGAUCCGAACAGACGCUUUUAAGUUAUGCCAGAUAUUCCAGAAACCUUUUUCAUACCCAGCAGCAAGCAUUGGAGUUUGGCAGACUGCAUUUGAGACUCUUGGAUUUCUCUCUGUCAUUACCAACUGUUUCCUUGUUGCUAUCUCACCAGAGAUACAGGCUGUUUGUAAGAAGUAUGAAGUGGGACCAGAGAAAAUACUGCUCUACAUGCUUGCUGCUGAGCACAUACUUAUCAUUCUCAAAAUGAUUUUGGCAUUUGCAAUUCCUGAUAAACCAGCUUGGCUGCAACUGAAAAUUAUGCAGAUGGAGUAUCGUUCCCAGGAAGCACUCAAAAAGAUGCCCUUACAAGAUAUUUCCAAUUAGCAGAAAUGUCAGGACAAAGGCAAAUCAAGAAAAAGUGACUGUUGCCUACUAUGAACAUAAUUACUGACAUAGUCUGGGGACCUUAUGCAUUGAAUGAAUAUGGAUACCCUUAAAGAGAUGGUUUCCCUUUAAGUUAACUUCAUUAUUUAUUUUUUAUACUUUUUGAAUUAUUUCCCUUCCUUUUCUAUAGCUAUAAAAACUGAUGUUCUGUGAGGCUACAAUUUUAUUAUUAUUGUUACAUUAUUAUUACUUUAUAUUCCUAUUCAGAUCAUCCUCCUA